CUCCGCUUGGUCCCGACGCCGAACCCACCCACAUUUCAGCCAUAUCGUCGAGCCCACGUCGCCGGAGCCCACGUCGCCGGAGCCCAAGGUUUACAACACCUAAGACCCCACACUCCCCUUGCAAGCCCGAUACCCUAGCCCAAGAUGUCACUCCUCAUGCUUCCUACUGAAAGGCAUUAUCCAGCAAAGGCUGCGUAUAGGGGAGGGAGCAUUAUGAGUACAAUAAUAGCGAAGUUCACGACAUUUGACUUGUUGGAACGAGCGAAACAGUCACCAUUCAAGCAAUUCUUCUUAGCUCCGCCUCUACAAUAUUUUGGAGUUAUUAUUCACCAGUUACUGCUUAGGAGAGUUGUUGGUAGAGGAAAGAACGAAUACUGCUUGAAUUUUAAUAUUUGUGGUCAGAAUACAAGGUUUGGAAUUAGUGAAUUUGGUUUGAUCACUGGAUUGAAUUGUGGAAUUUCUCCGGAUCAGGCAAAGUAUAAAGAAAUGACCAAGAGUAAAAGACUUCUCCAGACAUACUUGAACAAUAAAGAAUGUUUGUCUUCUGAAGAGUUGGAAGAUGGAUUCAAAAGGUGCGAUGUGAAAGAAGACGUAUGGAAAUUAGGUCUAUGUUUUUUGGUAGACUCUCUUUUAUUACCUAGUGAACCAAAGAAGAAAUGCUUUAUUGAUGUCCUUUCCAUCGUGGAAAAUGAAGAUGACUUCUUCAACUAUCCUUGGGGGAGAUUAUCGUACGAGAAGACAUUAUUCGGCUUGGCAAAAGAUAUGGAAAGGCUAAGGAAUAAAUACUUGAAGAAUGUUGAGCAAAAGAGAAAAAGACCAGCACCUCAGUACACAAUUUAUGGUUAUGCCAUUGCUCUGCAAUAUUGGGCCUAUGAAAUUUUCACAAAGUUCUCUGCAUUUGCUGAUCAACAACCCCUGGCCUUUCCAAGAAUGCUUAGCUGGUCAGCGCAUAAAAUGCUGAAAGAGAAAGAUAUUGAAGGUGUAUUUAAGAAAAAAAGUGCAAGUCGUUAAGAUUUUAUUUGAGUUUGUGAUUUAUAAGUAAUGUUUAUACCUUAUUAAUUUAUUAUUUUGUUGCAGAAUCUUGUGAAGGCCACGCUCAAUCCAAGACCCGAAGAGAAAGAAUUUCAUGACUCUAUUAUUCAAGGACCAGAUGAACUACUCAUGGGACGUGUUAUUAGCUUUGUAGACGAUGAUGUGAAAUUGGAGUUUGAAAGGGAAGAACGUGAGGAAUCUCCCACAAAGCCCGAUGUAGCAGAUGGGCAUCGUCACGAGCAAGACAAGAAAGAGAUACCAACUCCAAUUAACACCCACCAUGAAAAGUUGUUAGCUGAUAUUGACACUUUGAAAAGUAACCAACAAAGAAUGGAGGAGAAGUUGGAUUAUCUAAUUGAAUUAGUGCUCUCGCAACGUAAAGGUAGUGAUUUUGAGGAUUCAUUAUCAGAUGAGCAUCUUGCUUCACCACACCAUACAUUUAUUAUGGAGCACGUUGUUGGAGAAGAUAGCCCUAGCUGUAAGGUGGUAUCUCCUGAAGAUAUGGCUGGGGUGGAAUUCAAGAGAAGGAGGGUUCCAACGAAAAGAAUUUUUGGUUUCGAGUUUACUGAUCCAACUAAGAAGAAAAAGAAAGCAAAGACAAUUGUAACUGAUCCUUGUGAAAUUAAUCCCCUACAGCCAUAUGACGAAAAGCAAAUGAGACGUUUUAAGAAAUGGGUAAUUGGUUUAAAAAAGAAUGAUAAGCCUAUUUCUCUCUUGGCUGGUUCGUGCACUGCGAAAUGGUUUAUUCAGCUACUUACACCACAUACAUGGCUGGACGGACUGCACAUUGAUGCAGCUUUAGGAUUGAUGAAAGAACGAGUGUACACUUACAAGAAGACUUACUCCGAAAGAUUCACCAUCGUGGAUUCUAUGUUCCAACAGUUCUUUGAACCACAUUGGGAACAAUUCAACAAGAAGAAAAUCAAAUCAUGCUACAUUUGGCCACAAGAAGUGCUUGAUUACUUGAGAUAUCAUUGA